AUGUGGGAGUGGAAUCAGACCUCUCUGGCAGACUUCAUCCUCGAGGGGCUCUUUGAUGACUCCUUCAAACACCUUUGUCUGUUCUUCUUGAUCAUGGCCGUCUUCCUGACCGCAGUGAGUGGUAACAGCCUCACCAUCGUCCUCAUCUGUGGGGAUCCCGGACUCCACACACCCAUGUACUUCCUGCUCAGCCAGCUGUCCCUCAUGGAUCUGAUGUAUGUCUCCACAACCAUUCCCAAGAUGGCUGCCAACUACCUGUCUGGCAAGAAGUCUAUCUCAUUUGUGGGCUGUGCCACCCAGCACUUCCUGUACCUGUCUCUGGGUUGUGCUGAGUGUAUCCUCCUGGCUCUCAUGUCCUAUGACCGCUAUGUUGCCAUCUGUCAUCCACUGCGCUACACUGUGCUCAUGA